AUGCCUACUCAGAAAGUCUUCCGCCUGCCCCAGCGCAAGUCCAUUCACGACCUUGUUGUCGUUGAUGAGCCCGUACCUGAACCAUCCGAGGAUCAGGUCGUGGUCAAAGUGCGAUCUGUUGCCCUGAAUUUCCGUGAUGUUGCCAUCGCGACUGGCCAAUACCAAUUCAAUGUCAAGGAAAAUCCUGUGCCAGGAUCGGAUAUUGCCGGAGAUGUCGUGGCCGUCGGCAGUGCUGUUACUGGCUUUGCCAAGGGCGACAAGGUCAUCUCGACUUUUGACCCGACGACCAUCGCCGGGCCGAUCCUUAACUGGAACGGUGCACUAGGUGGUCCGGUAGACGGCGGUCUUUGCCAGUACAUUGCGCUUUCUUGGACUGCCUUGAUCAAGGUACCAGCUGCUUCGACACUCAGCUAUUCCCAACUCGCCGCAUUGGUCUGCACUGGUACGACUGCUUGGAAUGCUCUGUACGGUAACAAACCUCUGUUGCCCGGCCAGACUGUUGUCUUCAUGGGCACUGGAGGUGUUUCCGUCACCGGUCUGAUCCUCGCCAAAGCUGCCGGCGCUCGAACCAUCAUCACAUCUUCCUCCGACAAGAAGCUUCAAUACGUCCAGGAGCAAUACGGCGCAGACUAUAUAAUCAACUACAAGAACAAUCCCAACUGGGGUGCCGAGGUCCAGAAGCUGACCGGUGGCCUAGGAGCAGAUUACAUCUUUGAGAACGGAGGAGCAGGGACGAUCAAGCAGAGCAUGGAAGCUGUAGCCUAUGGCGGAAUUAUCUCAGCCAUUGGCUUCCUGGCAAAGUGUCCCCAGGACCAAAUGCCCGAUGUGGCUGCGCUGUGCCUGUCCAAGGGCGCUCUCCUGCGUGGUAUCAUGGUUGGGUCCAAGAUGCAAUUGGAGGAGUGCACAAGGUUUAUCACAGUCAAGGGCCUGCAAGUUCCUGUUGAAAAGGAAUUCGGAUUCAGCCGUGAUGAGGUUAUUGCCGCACUGGAGUACAUGCUAACUGGCCAACACAUUGGCAAGGUAUGCAUCAAACUUGACUAA